AUGGCUUCAGUAACAGAUGCCAGAUACAGGCAGAAAGACACUUCAGAUCAAAAUUUUGAUUACAUGUUCAAACUCCUGAUCAUUGGCAACAGCAGCGUGGGUAAAACAUCCUUCCUCUUCAGAUACGCUGAUGACACUUUCACGCCAGCCUUCGUUAGCACAGUAGGAAUUGACUUCAAAGUGAAAACAGUUUAUAGGAAUGACAAGCGGGUGAAACUGCAGAUUUGGGAUACAGCUGGACAAGAAAGAUACAGGACCAUCACUACAGCCUACUACCGAGGAGCCAUGGGCUUCAUCCUCAUGUAUGAUAUCACCAGUGAAGACUCCUUCAAUGCAGUGCAGGAUUGGGCCACACAAAUCAAGACUUACUCCUGGGACAAUGCACAAGUGAUCCUGGUUGGAAACAAAUGUGACAUGGAGGAUGAAAGAAUUGUUCCUGUGGAGAAGGGGAAACAUCUGGCGGAUCAGCUAGGUUUUGACUAUUUUGAAGCUAGUGCCAAAGAAAACAUCAACGUAAGGCAGGUGUUUGAGCGUCUCGUGGAUAUAAUCUGUGAAAAGAUGUCGGAGAGUAUAGAAUCAGACCCUUGCAGGGGCACUUCUGGAAGGACCAUGCGACUCACAGACAACCCACCCCCUUCGCAGCAGAACUGCUCGUGCUAGCGACCUUCCUCGCCGAGAAAUGUCCUUCUUUCCUGACUAAAUUUUGUCUUUUCAUUUGUGGUGGUGCAUUUUCAUGUAGUCCAAAGGCAGAAGUUUCUGUUGUAGGAAAUUGGUAUGUUUGUUUAAUGUGCUGAAGUGUUAAUAUUAUAGAUUUCCUUAUCCAAUAAUUAAAAAAAAACCAAACCUGACUGAAUAUUGUAAGUGCACCUAGUGUUAAUGUGAGUUACACUGAAGAAGAAUUAUAUAGUGUUGCAGAUGU